AAGCAGGACGGCACCGUGGGAAAUAGUUAGACCUACUACAACAAAUAAAGAACAAUUGAGAAAACGUAAAUUUGAUCCAUUAUUUCGUUUUGGUUUCCUUGUUUAUUAUAUUUCCCGUUUCGAGUUGAAAGCAAUGAAACAAACGUCAGUUUUUCAUAUUUGGUUCAUACAGAAAAACAGAAAAACAAAAUAUUGAUUCGUUAUUUCGUUUUUGGUUUGCCAGAUUAAAUGGAAUAAUUGAAUGAUCGGAUGAUACACGGACCUACACGGACCAACAAAACUGCAAAGUCAUGGCAUAUUGAAUCCACACACUUCCUGGUUUUCAGUGUGUCGAUUCAAGAGAAACGAAACCUUUUCCCUGCCUUUUCCAAGCUUCUGCUCGGGAUCCACACUGAUCUAGUUUGGCUGAAGCUGUACAGUAGCAAAUAUUUUAUAUUCUUUUCUAUCAAAGCAGCAGAGCAGUUUCUAUUAAAGGUAUAAAGUAUCUGCAAAGAAAUGGCUGAAUCUGCAGCGAGUCGGUAUGAGGAUCAGUUCAUCUGUUCAGUGUGUUUGGAUCGGCUGAAGGAGCCGGUGACGAUUCCCUGUGGACACAGUUACUGUAUGAGCUGUAUUACUGACUGCUGGGAGCAGAAGGAGCAGGAGCCGCAGUACAGCUGUCCCCAAUGCAGAGAGAGCUUCAGUCAGAGACCUCUCCUGAAGAAGAACACUCUGAUAGCGGAGAUGAUGGAGACGCUGCAGAAGACGUCUCUACAAACGGCUGCUGUGGACUGUGAUGUUUGCACUACAGAGAAGAGCAGAGCUGUAAAGACCUGUCUGCAGUGCUUGGCUUCCUUCUGUCAAACUCACCUGCAGCUUCACUAUCAAUCUCCUGCGUUUAUGAAGCACAAACUAGUCCAAGCCUCCAGAAACAUUCAGGAGAACAUCUGCCUCAGUCAUAAAAAACCUCUGGAUAUUUUCUGUCAGGAUGACAGUAAAUACAUUUGUUACUUGUGUAUGAUUGACAGUCAUAAAAACCACAAUGUGGUGUCUGUGGAGUCAGAAUGGAUAAGUAAAAAGAAAGAGUUAAAGAAGAUAACAGUGGCAUGUCAAAAGCUGAUACAGGAGCGAGAGAGAGGGCAGAAAGAUCUCAGUGAAGCUGUGAAGCUCCUGAAAAGUUCAGCAGAAGAGGCCGUGGAGGACAUUGAGAAGGUCUUCACUGAGCUCAUCUGCUCUCUGGAGAAGAAACGCUCUGAGAUUAAAGAGCAGAUCAGAGAUCAGGAGAAGACUGAGAUAGAUCGAGCAGAGAAACUUCACAAACAUCUGGAUCAAGAGCUGACUGAACUCAGAAAAACACAAGCAGAGAUUGAGAAACUUCUGAACACUGAUGAUCAGAUCCAUUGUCUGAAGAGCUGUCAGUCUGUGUGUGUUUUACCCACAUUGGAAGACAUUCCCAGCUUCACUCAACACACUCAUCUGUCUUUUAAAGACAUUUCAGUCUCAGCAUUCAGAGAAGUUUUGCAGGAUGUCUGUUACCAGCAGACAGCCAGACUAUUUCGAGAAGUGUCAAAUGUCCAUGUUGCAGAGUCUCCAGAACCUAAUUCUCUUAAUGAAUUUUUGCAGUAUUUCUGUGAACUGCAACUGGAUCCAAACACUGCACAUAAAACACUCAUCCUGUCAGAAGGGAACAGAAAAGCAUUGUAUUCAGAUGAUGUCCAGCCAUAUCCUGAUCAUCCAGAGCGAUUUGAUAAAUAUAUGAAUGUCCUUUGUAGAGAGGGUUUGUGCGGUCGCUGUUACUGGGAGGUUGAGUGCCGUGGGAACGACUGGUCCGUAGCAGUUUCCUACAGAGGAAUUAGUCGCAAAGGAAAAACGGAUAAUUGCAGACUGGGGUUUAAUAAUAAGUCCUGGAGACUGACCCACUGUCGACAGAUUUUCUAUUUCAGGCAUGAUACAGAGCAUGUCCUUAUUCAUGAUGUCCGCUCCUCUAGAAUAGGAGUGUAUCUGGAUCACAGAGCAGGAACUCUGUCCUUCUACAGCGUCUCUGACACAAUGACUCUCCUACACAGAGUCCAGACCACAUUCACUGAACCCCUCUACCCUGCAUUUGGGGUCGCAGAUGGUUCUGUCAGGAUCAUAGAGCAGAGGGGAACUGUCAAAGACCGGAAGUAAAUGACAAACUAGGUGUAAACUACCAUGUGUAUUCUUCUAUCCUGUAUGAUAAAGCCAAGACUAAGUUUAAAACAAAAUAUGUCAAAUUUAACUUGUCAAACCCUCGUGUUUUAAAUUGUAUUUCAUUUGGCAUUAUAUCUGAGUAAUUAUCUCUGUGUUUGUGUGUGUGACCGCUAAAUUUUCCAUGAAUUUUGAUUUAUUUUGGGGAGUACCGUGGUUUGUGAAGAAGUGAGUCAGAGCACAGCCACAUUAGUUUCCACUAACUGCUAUAACCUACAACUGUCUCACAUAUUUACAUAUUCAUUACUGCAAAGUCUGAAUAAAAUUCUAAACUCAGCUACACCUUUUAAUGUGAAGAUAAGACAAUAACACAAUGAUUUCUAUAUAGGGCUAUAUAUCAUUAAGUGUUUGUGUAUCCCUUGCGGCAUGAGGAACUUGUUGUUUGUUUUUGAAAGGGAUCAUAUAAAAUAAUAUAAAUAUAC